AUGAUGGAUGAUGAUAUUAGUGAGAUUUGUGAGGAUUUGUCAAGAUCUCAAUUAGACUUGUUAAAGAAGGAUAAACAACUUGCAGCUACAUCAUCAGCUCCAACAUCAAAGAAGGAUAAAGAUAAAGAGAAAGAGAAGGAGAGGGAGAAAGAGAGAGAGAAGGCAAAAGCAAAAGAGAAGGAGAAAGAGAAGGAGAAAGAGAAAGAGAAGAAGAAGAGAGAUAGUAAAGAUGGGUUUGUAAUAUCAGCUCCAACUGGUUUCAAACAUGUGACUGAUGCACCAGAGGUACCAAGCAAGUCAACAAAGCCUCCAUUAUCAUUGUUACAACAACAUCAACAACAACAACAACAACAAUAUCAACAAUAUGAACAAUAUGAACAACAUGAACAAUUGCAACAAUACUAUGAGGAUGGUAUGCCUCAACUCCAGGAGGUGAGCACUAUCCAUCCACCUGCUGCACAACUGAAGAAACAAGAGAAGGUCUACUUCAAAGUGUCCGAUGAGCUGUUGACAGAGGUGAAGCGUUGGGAGGACACCAAAGCAAGCUAUACCAGGUCAGUGGAAGCAUUGCUUGCCAGGAAGUCACUCAUGUUGCAUCAACUGUUCAAUGAAUACCUUGGUGAGAUCGAACCACUGUUGGCACAGUACAAUAUUGAUGAGAGCCUACGACAGGAGAUCCUACAACGUGAACAUCAACGACUUGAAGAGGCCAAACAGAGGUUGUUUGGUAGCAGGAACGCCUCGAUCGAUGCCCUUGAGUAUCAAAUAUCAUCAAGGAAGAGAGAGAUUGAUGUUGCCAACAAGAUAACAUUGAUACAGGCAGUGGUCAGAGGAUGGUUGGCAAAGAGGAGAUACAAGAAUAUGCGUCUGAAGAUUGAGAGAAGGAACAAGUGUACAAUGGAGAUAUUGGUCACGGAGAGAGCAUAUGUCAGCAGUCUGGAGUUGAUCAUUAGCCAGUUCCUUCAGCCACUGCAGACGACCAAGAAGGACUUGUUGACACCGGCAGAGAUCACGGCAAUCUUUGGCAACUUCACAUCGCUCUAUGGUGUGCACAAGGAGUUGCUGGACACAUUGGAGUCGCGUUGGAAUGAUUGGAGCCAUCAAAAGUCCAUUGCAGAUUGCUUCCUCACUCUCACACCAUACCUCAAGCUCUACACCACCUACAUCAACAACUUCAACAAUGCUCUCAACACAUUGAAUGAGUGCAAGAAGCGUGAUUCCAAGAUCACUCAGUUCUUCUUCAAGGAUUGCAAGUCCAAUCCAUUGAUGCAGAACAAGGACUUCCUUGACUUGCAGAUCCAGCCAGUUCAACGUAUACCAAGAUACAAGUUAUUGUUCACUGAGCUACUCCAGAAUACACCUCCCGAUCAUCAGGACUACGAACUGAUCAGCCAAGCACUCAAGGCAAUCCAGAGUGUUGCAUCGUCAAUCAAUGAGAGCAAGAGAAAUGCCGAAGGACUCGAGAAGAUGAUCCAGAUUCAAGGCUCACUCACAACAAACCUUGAACUGGUCCAGCCUCACAGACGACACAUCAAGGAUGGCGUGAUGUUGUUUGAGAAGAGAGGCAAGCUGACAGAGAGACACUUGUUCCUAUUCAAUGACUCAUUGCUCGUGUGUAAGAGAGUGUCGACCUUCUUUGACAACUCCCCUAGAUACAGUGUGAUGACUCAGUUGAACCUCAAGAACACUAUCAUUCUGCCCGCAGAGGACCAAGAGAUCAAGCACGGAUUUGCAGUGCUUGGCAACGAACACCUGUACUUCUAUGCUAGAGGAGCGGUGGAGCAACACGAGUGGCUCCAGGUACUGUCACAUGUCGUCAAGGAGUGGGACACAAGCCAGUCCACGCUGAAGAAGGAGGAGGAGGACUCAAGUAUAAGUGCUCUAUUGAACAGAAUCAUCAACUUGAAGAGCAGAUCCGUUGAGUUGAUGAAGGAGGAAGGUCUGUCUAAGAAUCUUCAAGAGGUGAUCAUCCAAGGCAAGGACAACAUUGGUGCCUUCAACGAUUGGGUAAGGACACACACUUCUCCCAAUGACCCAUCAUCACAGCAGCCAAAGUAUCUUGUCAUCAAUCUGAUGAAAUGGUACAACAAUUUACAUACCAUUUGGAAGACCAUUCUGGAGUAUGAAAAGAAA